CAAUAACUAUCAUCAAGUCUUGAACUUUUGCACACGAUAUGUUCAAGAUUUUGUAUAAAUACUGUGCCACUGAGUGCAUUAGACAUCAAAUUCUCCAAAGCUGCGGUACUAUCACAUCCAUCGAAUAGCAGUUACUGGUGGAAAUAAUACGUAUUGGCGUGAAAAAUACACGUUCAACAUGAAGAAAUCUAUCGUAUUCGCAAUUUUAGCCAUCGUCCUUACGACGAUGGUAGCUGGAGAGAUCACGGAACUCGGACCACCGGGUCCACCACAUCCGCGUCUUCGUCGCGAAGCUAAACCGGAAGCUGACCCCGCUAAUCGACCAGUAUACGUUCCUCCUCCACGACCACCCCACCCGCGUCUUCGCCGCGAUGCUGAAGAGGAAGCUGACCCCGCUAACCGACCAGUAUACGUUCCUCCUCCACGACCACCCCAUCCGCGUCUUCGCCGCGAUGCUGAAGAGGAAGCUGACCCCGCUAACCGACCAGUAUACGUUCCUCCUCCACGACCACCCCAUCCGCGUCUUCGCCGCGAUGCUGAAGAGGAAGCUGACCCCGCUAACCGACCAGUAUACGUUCCUCCUCCACGACCACCCCAUCCGCGUCUUCGCCGCGAUGCUGAAGAGGAAGCUGACCCCGCUAACCGACCAGUAUACGUUCCUCCUCCACGUCCACCCCAUCCCCGUCUUCGCCGCGAUGCUGAAGAGGAAGCUGACCCCGCUAACCGACCAGUAUACGUUCCUCCUCCACGUCCACCCCAUCCGCGUCUUCGCCGCGAUGCUGAAGAGGAAGCCGACCCCGCUAACCGACCAGUAUACGUUCCUCCUCCACGUCCACCCCAUCCGCGUCUCCGCCGGGAUGCUGAAGAGGAAGCUGAUCCCGCUAACCGACCAGUAUACGUUCCUCCUCCACGUCCACCCCAUCCGCGUCUUCGCCGCGAUGCUGAAGAGGAAGCCGACCCCGCUAACCGACCAGUAUACGUUCCUCCUCCACGUCCACCCCACCCGCGUCUUCGCCGCGAUGCUGAAGAGGAAGCUGACCCCGCUAACCGACCAGUAUACGUUCCUCCUCCACGACCACCCCAUCCGCGUCUUCGCCGCGAUGCUGAAGAGGAAGCUGACCCCGCUAACCGACCAGUAUACGUUCCUCCUCCACGUCCACCCCACCCGCGUCUUCGCCGCGAUGCUGAAGAGGAAGCCGACCCCGCUAACCGACCAGUAUACGUUCCUCCUCCACGUCCACCCCAUCCGCGUCUUCGCCGCGAUGCUGAAGAGGAAGCUGACCCCGCUAACCGACCAGUAUACGUUCCUCCUCCACGUCCACCCCAUCCCCGUCUUCGCCGCGAUGCUGAAGAGGAAGCUGACCCCGCUAACCGACCAGUAUACGUUCCUCCUCCACGUCCACCCCAUCCGCGUCUUCGCCGCGAUGCUGAAGAGGAAGCUGACCCCGCUAACCGACCAGUAUACGUUCCUCCUCCACGACCACCCCAUCCGCGUCUUCGCCGCGAUGCUGAAGAGGAAGCUGACCCCGCUAACCGACCAGUAUACGUUCCUCCUCCACGACCACCCCAUCCGCGUCUUCGCCGCGAUGCUGAAGAGGAAGCUGACCCCGCUAACCGACCAGUAUACGUUCCUCCUCCACGUCCACCCCAUCCCCGUCUUCGCCGCGAUGCUGAAGAGGAAGCUGACCCCGCUAACCGACCAGUAUACGUUCCUCCUCCACGUCCACCCCAUCCGCGUCUUCGCCGCGAUGCUGAAGAGGAAGCCGACCCCGCUAACCGACCAGUAUACGUUCCUCCUCCACGUCCACCCCAUCCGCGUCUCCGCCGGGAUGCUGAAGAGGAAGCUGAUCCCGCUAACCGACCAGUAUACGUUCCUCCUCCACGUCCACCCCAUCCGCGUCUUCGCCGCGAUGCUGAAGAGGAAGCCGACCCCGCUAACCGACCAGUAUACGUUCCUCCUCCACGUCCACCCCACCCGCGUCUUCGCCGCGAUGCUGAAGAGGAAGCUGACCCCGCUAACCGACCAGUAUACGUUCCUCCUCCACGACCACCCCAUCCGCGUCUUCGCCGCGAUGCUGAAGAGGAAGCUGACCCCGCUAACCGACCAGUAUACGUUCCUCCUCCACGUCCACCCCACCCGCGUCUUCGCCGCGAUGCUGAAGAGGAAGCCGACCCCGCUAACCGACCAGUAUACGUUCCUCCUCCACGUCCACCCCAUCCGCGUCUUCGCCGCGAUGCUGAAGAGGAAGCCGACCCCGCUAACCGACCAGUAUACGUUCCUCCUCCACGUCCACCCCAUCCGCGUCUCCGCCGGGAUGCUGAAGAGGAAGACAAAUCUGGUAACCGUAAUCAAACAGUUCGUCCGUUGAUUUUACCAAUUGAAGCAUGGCCUGGUUACAGACCCCGUUAGGGUCAUUCCAUGCCACGUCAGUCAUCUUUCGGAGGACUAUGUCGGAUUGUGUUCUAAUUUGAAUAUGUUGUAGUCUUUAGUGAUAUAUAAACGUAUCUCGAAGGAUUUUUAAAAAUUUCAAAAUUGUUGGUUUUACAUCUGUUUAAAAUCAUUAAGAAAUAUUCGUCAUCAGCCUGCGUCCAUAGAAGCGCAAUUCAAAAUAAUGGACUGAUUUAUUCGUAUAUUAAACUUUGUACUCUGACAUACAUUUUAAUAUUCUACGCGUCUUAUUAAAAAAUACAUGUGAAAAUACGGAUUAUAAUUUCUAAUGUAGUAUCCUAUGUACACUUUAAUAAAUAUUUACAGAGAAUGAG